AUGGGUCUCUCGAACCGUCUCCACGACGCCCCCGGCGACUCCCUCCCGCUCCUCCUCCUGGCCGCGGCAGCGUCCUCCAUCGCCUACCUCCGCGCGCUCCUCCUCCGCAUCCUCCCCCUCUCCUCCUCCGCUGACCCAGACGACUCCGCCGACUGUGACGGCUCCCUCGGAUCCGGCCUAGCGGGCCUCGCCCUCCUUGCCGACCACCUCGCCGCCGAUCGAACCUUCCCUUUCCUCCUCCCCCGCGGCGAUGACCUCCGCCCGGAUUGCUCCGUCUGUCUCUGCCGCCUCGCCGACGGCGACCGCGUCCGCCGCAUCCCCUGCGGCCAUGUCUUCCACCGAGACUGCCUCGACGGAUGGCUGCUCCAGCUCAACCUCUCCUGCCCUCUCUGCCGCUACCGUCUCGUCGCGCCGGAGCUCCGCGCCGCCGCAGAUCGUCGGAUCGGAGCUGAGCUCGUCGCCUGCCUCUCCCAAUCUUGA